AUGCAGACGGACAAAAACACAGUGCAAAAGGAAAAAAAAAGGGAAACAGGCCCCAUACACUGCCUGGUUGUUUCCAGGGGUGAAUCCUCUCAGGCAUGGCGGCAAACAAGCGCAGCGAUAGUGGCAGUGGAGGUGCCACAGAAGAUGCGGCUUCCCAUCUGUUUUUCCCCUUUUUUUCAUGCCCUCUGCGCCAUGCAGUCACCUGUUCCCUCCGCAUCCCCCAUUUUCCUCGUUGUUAUCAUGGACCUCGUCGUGGCCUCAAGCAUCGCAUCGACUAGCGUCUGUGUCGACCACAAGCGCCCCAUGUGUGCUACGGCCGCCUCCGUGCUGGUCAUGAAUCGCGCCACCGAUUCAUAG